CCCGCUGCCGGCCGGGGCAGCGGAUGGGGCGGAGGCGGGCCUAGGAGAGGGGCGGUGCGGUGCGGCCGGAGCGGCGGGGGAGGCCUCUGACACUGAUGGCCCUGCUGAAGCGUACAUAAAAGCACAACCUCAGCAGAUGCAGUUUUCCAUGUCCUAAGGACUCCAGAGAAGAAUCUGUCAGGGCCCGUGACAAAACAACUCCACAAGAAGAGGCACCUUCAGAACAAAGAUGAACAUCGAGAAAGCUUACAGUACCUUUAACAUCAGCAAUGGAACGGAUCUAGCUAUUGGCUUUACCUCUUCCACAGUAGCAGUUGUUCUGUUUGGGACAAAUUUUGUGCCUGUUAAGAAAUUUGAUACUGGUGAUGGCAUGUUCUUCCAGUGGAUUCUCUGUGCCUCCAUAUGGAUAGUUUCAUUGGUGGUCAAUUUAAUCCAGAAUUGCCCCCGGUUUUGGCCUCUGGCUAUGGUUGGGGGUUUCGUGUGGGCUACAGGCAAUGUGACAGUUGUCCCUAUUGUUAAAACUAUUGGCUUAGCUCUUGGUCUUUUGAUAUGGGCUUCUUUUAAUUUGCUGACAGGUUGGGCAAGUUCAAGGUUUGGUUGGUUUGGAAUUGACCCAGAAGAGGUAUCAAGACCAAUCUUAAAUUAUAUUGGAGCUGGACUUUCACUAUUAAGUGCUGUCAUAUUUCUUUUCAUAAAAACGGAAGUCCAGAGUUCUUCAGCUUCAUUAGAGAGUACGCCUUUACUGAGAGAAAGUUCUAUUAAUGUUUCAGAAGAUACCUCUGAUGACUCAUGGGUGAACAGACUUUCUCCAGCAAAAAAAAGACUCAUAGGAUGUAGCCUGGCUGUAGUAGCUGGAAUACUCUACGGUUCCAGUUUUGUACCAGUACUUUACAUCAAGGACCAUGGAAGGAGAAAUGGAACUAUAUACACAGGAGCAAGUCAAUUCGAUUUAGAUUAUGUUUUUGCACACUUCAGUGGAAUAUUUCUUACAAGUACCAUCUACUUUUUGAUCUACUGUGUAGUCAGGAAAAAUAAACCUAAUGUUUAUCCCCAAGCCAUAUUGCCAGGGUUUGUUUCUGGUGUGCUUUGGGCAAUAGCCAAUUGCUGCUGGUUCAUGGCCAAUCACUACCUCAGUGCUGUGGUCAGCUUUCCAAUAAUUACUGCAGGUCCUGGCCUUGUUGCUGCAAUGUGGGGAGUCCUUGUAUUUAAAGAAAUCAAGGGACUGAAAAACUAUGUGUUACUCUUGGUAGCAUUUUGCAUCAUUUUGGCUGGAUCACUCUCCACAGCUUUUUCUAAAGUUUGAAAGGAUCUUCUGGACCAGUAGAUGGUGCUACUGUUUUAUAUAAUCGGGAAGACCAUGUUGGUAUAUUGCAAUACCUAAUCAUUUUCAAAAUAUAUGUCCAACAUUUACCAUAACUUGCCUCAGGCAAGUGAAAAAGAAAACCUUUGCUAAAUGUUCCCGUUUGGCAUGAAAGAAGAUCUGAAAAUGUUUGUAGAAACAAAGCGUUUCUUGGAACAGUAAGAAUAUAAAAGGAUUUUAUUAAAUAAAGCCUAAUGAUUUUAUAGUUACUAUUUUUUUUUCUGGUUCAGGUACUAAACUUAAUGUCAUCAUAAACUGCAGUUCACUGUUGUCAUGGUGGAUAAAGGGAUUUUAAUUCUUAGUCUGUAAUACUUAUGUGUUUGCAAGCUGAUUUGUUCUAUUAUAACAUUCUGUCUUACUGACUUGAAUGUAAAAUAUGUCUUGGAAUAUUCUUUAUGGAACUGGUACACAUGAAGAUGUGAAGAUUUUUUUUUAAAAAAGCAUUAUUCUUUAAGGUCAUCAGUUUACAUAAAAACUAUCUUCCAGUCACUUCAGAAUUUUGAAGAAAAUACAGAAAAAAAACCCAUGCUGUCAAAUAAAUUAUUUGUGUUUGCUGCUAAACUGUUUGUUUAGUUUCAAGAACAUUAUGUAGAAAUUAUGACCGGGAUACAAAUAGUUGGGGAAGUUUGGGGGUUUUUAUGUCAGUUGUAAGAAGUUUGCAAGUAAACAUAACAUUUCUGUAACUUGUAGUGUUGCAAUAUGAGCUAAGUAUGUGGUUCAAAGUUCGCUUCCAAAUAACUCCGGACAUUUUCUGAAUACUUACUUUUCUUUUCCAUGUAGCAUAUUCAAAUCUUAAAAGUUAUGUGUAUGGCAAUAUUUAUUACAUUGAAGCAUCGUGCCAGAACUACCCAAUCAUUGUUCUACCCAAAGCAAGGUCGUCUCUAUGUAAAUCACUUCUGACAGUUAUUGUCUAACUUAUUUCUUCUAAAAAAAUAAAUAGAAGAAGUAGGUGUCACAUUUUUAGGCAAACUAACCAGCUUCUAACUACCUGUCCUGCUAGAAAGCCUUAAUAUCCAAAGGAAAUCCCCUAUGAGGAAUGUUAUGUCUGCUGUUCCCUGCCCAUCACUGAUGCAGAGACCUGUUUAUUUUCUUACUCACGGCAGGUGGUAACCUUUGUAUGUGCAAAUCAUGUUGUCUGAACCUCCCCUUUGUCUUUUCUUCAGCAUAUUAGGCAACCCCAGCUCCUGCUGACUUCCCUUGUUUGUAAUGUGCUCAUCAUUUUCUCGUUCUUUCCUGAACACCCACUAAGUGGACCAGGUCUGUCCAGAAAAACUAGACAUGGCAGUCUACAGCCUUACAAAAAACAAGUAGGAUUUUGGGUUUUUUUUUUAAUCCAAUUUGCAAGCUCUCUUUGUGGUUACACAUCACAGGAUGACACUUUUUGCCAUCACAGCUUGGUAUUGUUAAUGUGUUCAGAUUGCGAUCACAAUUUCUUCUUUCUCCCUUCCACCCUUCUUUGUCUACUAUUUAUCAGAUUUGAUCUUAGAACUGUCCCGUAUUGUUUAUUCCUACCCAAGUGUCAGAAUUUGGUGUCUAGUGGUUUUUUUCACCCCUUAAAGCAUUUCCCCAAUUUUGCUCUGUGUGUUAACCCUGUCCUCCAACAAAUUGGCACCAUUUUCCAGCCAGAUGUCAUCUGCAAAUUUAAUAAACAUAUUCUCUAGUUAUUGUAAAUAAUUUAUGAAAAUGCCAUAUGAUACUGGCCUUUACUUCUUGGAAUCUAAUACAAUACUUACUUUCACUCUGACAGGGAACAGUUGAUUACUCUUUUGAGUACAACUUCCCUCUGUCUUACAGUGGUUUUAUUUAGCCUGCAUUCUCCCGCUUUUAUGUAACAUCUGACACAGUUGUUCAAGUCAAGAUACAUGUUGUGUACCGCCCUAAUACCUGAUAUUGGAAAGAAAAUGUGUCAGUUUUCUUUCUAAUAUCCAGGUCAGACACAAUUUUUUCUUGAUGGAUCCUUGACUGUUACUUACCUAGUCUAUUGACUCAGAGAAGGAAGAGUAAUUUCUUCAUGUUUUUUAAAUAUCUUGAAUUAAAUUGGACAUUUAUAAUU